AUGGUGCAACGUACCAGAUUCGCGAGAGUCGCUGUCGAAGUUGACUUGUCGAAGCCCCUAGUUCCAAGAAUCCGCCCGGAUGGGAUAUGGCAGAGGGUUGAAUUCGAAAACCUACCGCUUGUCUGUUUUGAAUGUGGGAAAAUUGGGCAUACUAAGGCCAGCUGCCCUGUCCUCUGUCCGGCUCAGAAUAGAGAUCGAGUGGCGGAAUUCUCACCGACGCCGACGGCAGUCUCCGUCGAGCCCUCGCCGGAGGAAGGGCCUGGCUUUGGCCCCUGGAUGCUUGUCACGAGAAAAUCCCGCCGUAAUCAGCGGGAUAUACCAAAUCAGGGGCGACUGGCUCAGGCGGAGGAAGCUAUUGACGGGACAAACAACAAGCAGGAAAGGAAAGAUGGAUCCACGAAAAAGGAAAGGGGAAAGUUGCCAAAUCAGGCUGGGGCUAAAUCAACUCAACGGAAACAGGGGCUGCAGAUAACGCAAGAAGGAAAUACGAGCAAGAAGGGGAAAGGGGAUAACAAAAAAGGGAAAGAGGUUGCUUCGGUGGCUGCGGACUUUGUAGACUCCUCGGGUAUUCUCGGCCCGUUGCCAAGGCCCGAAGGGCCAAGCUCCAGGGAGGUUUCAUCCACCCCCAAGUCUAAUGAAGCUUCGUCUUCUGGGCCCAAGGACGAUGGGCUUAAUGCUCCUCAAACCAUUGGGUUGAAGAAAGAAAGGAAGAAAGGAGCGCAGGGGAGGAAGGAGUCAACGCCGAAGAAGAAUACUCCAAUCCGGCACAGUCCGAUGAAGGCUCUCAAGCUGUGGACUCCUGUCAAGGAUCGGAAGAGCAAAGGCCACGAGAAAUGGGUCUCCUUAACCCUGCAACAGAUUAAAGAUUGGACGGAAAUGAGCUCGGAGAACAGAGCGAGCGAGGCUCGUCGGGAAUCCCCUCUCCCAUCGGACGGGCUCAACCCGCAACUGAUCGGAGGGAGUGGCCAGCCGGCCUAG